AUGUAAGAAAUCCAAUAAUCAUCACCAUCAAUUAUCCAGCAAACGUAGUCUAAAAUUGAAGAAAGUUUAUUAGAAGUCGGGUAUCAAAUAGAUGUACUUCUCAAUUUAUAUUUUUUAAUCUGCUUUUGCUAGAAUAGAGGACUUAAUUGACUCACUUCUUCUGAUGCCAUUCAAAAACAUCAACCAUUCAACAGGGCUAUAUUUUGAAUUACCUUAAUGUGAUUUAUUUUCUAUCUCUGGGUUUAAAUACUAGUAACAAACUUUCGAAAGCGUGACUCCUUGA